GUGAACAUCAGGCGAGAAGAAGCUCACUGAUACACACACACAGACUUCAUCAUCCGACUGCUGUUUAUCUGCUCAGGAGCUCCUGGAGGAGAUCUGAACACCUGAACAUGUGCUGAUGAAGACACACUGCUGAAACCAGCGCUGUGUGAAUCAUGAACUGGGGUUUCCUGGAGAACGUGUUGAGCGGGGUGAACCGCUACUCCACCGUGGUGGGCAGGGUCUGGCUCUCCAUCCUCUUCAUCUUCCGCAUCCUGGUGUUCGUGGCGGCUGCCGAGCAGGUGUGGAAGGACGAGUUCAAGGACUUCGUCUGCAACACGCAGCAGCCGGGCUGUGAGCAGGUGUGCUUCGACCACUUCUUCCCCAUCUCUCAGGUGCGUCUGUGGGCGCUGCAGCUCAUCAUGGUGUCCACGCCGUCCUUGCUGGUGGCUCUGCAUGUGGCUUACAGGGAGCACCGCGAGCGCAAACACAAGCGCAGACUCUACCAGGACAAGGGCAGCAUCGACGGGGGCCUGCUGUUCACCUACAUCACCAGCCUGGUCCUCAAGACGUCUUUCGAGGUGGCGACUCUGCUGGCCUUCUACCUGCUGUACAGCGGUUUCCACGUGCCACGGCUGCUGCGCUGCGCUGAGAGCCCCUGCCCCAACAGCGUGGACUGCUACAUCGCCAGAGCCACCGAGAAGAAGAUCUUCCUCUACAUCAUGGGCUGCACCUCCAUCCUGUGCAUCGCACUCAACCUGCUGGAGAUGGGCUACAUCGUGUCCAAGCAGUGCUGGAAGAGCUUCAGCAAGAGAUACGCUCCAGUGCGGGACGGGGCCACUCGCCCGCCCUCCACCUUUACUCUCGGCCCACCGCAACCCUCAUGCACAGCCAAGGAGGAGAGUGUCCAGUCUGCGCCAGCAGAACAGGAGAUCCCCACCAACACCACUGCCUGAACAUAGACUCACUAGCUGUGUUGCUGUCAGUGCGGGUCAGGCAAGGGCGUAGAUCUGCUCUUGACAUUAGUCUGGACAUGUAGACCUAGUGCGCAUGGACAGAGCAGCACCAAUGCUCUUUUACACUUAUAAUGAAUAUAUGAAUAAUGCCUCAUUCACACUAGCUGCGGCUUUGUAGCUGCCUGUCGCUCUGGGUGGUGUGUUGGACUACAGCAGAGAGUAUACAACUGGCCUCUGCAGGAGCUGAGAGGAUCACGGAGCUCUUCUGGUGCUCCUAUUUGCUGCUUCAUUUGCAUGAAGAUGAAGGAUUCUUAACUUCGUCACGUCACUCGACACCCCCACCUGGUCACCAACGCUCUCUGUCGUUCACGUAGACAGAGGUUAACAGAAGUCGCUCGCUCUGCUGAAAUGAACACUCACUUGCUGCUUUUCCACUGCGAGUCGCUUAUAGUGUGAAUGAGGCUUAAGGGCUUUAGACACCUAAUAAACAAAUAAUGAAUGAAGCACCCCCCAUGCUUUUACACGAUAUUACUGCAAUCCGGCUUUGAGGAGGCAUGAAUGUAGAGACAUUUACAGAGGCAAAUUUAAAACCCACUGUUUCCCUAUUUUCAUAAACAUGGAGGCCAGAAUCAAAACUGAAUGUUGAUUAUUUGCACAGCCUUGGUUAAUAUUAUGAUAAAUAACCUGCCUUAAUGUGACUUUAAGUGA